ACAGGAGCAAGUCUGAAUGCCAAUGUGCACCAUACCACAGAGGUCAGGCGGACACAGGGUAGUUUCCCUGGUGAGUGUACACACUGUUUACUAGGGAGAGGCCCUGGGACCAACACCUGCAGAGUGGGGGUGGGGCUGGGUAGAGGAAGCAGGCUUGGGCAGAGGGAGAAACCGGACUGGGUUGCAGGCCCACCAUCCUUUGCUCAGACAGCCCUUCAGAGAUGUCUGCAUCUGGCUGGGACGACCAGGCCUUUACUUCUGGAUCAGUCAUUUGGUGGGGUCCCCUGGGAAGGGCCAUAGCCUUUGGCCUGGCUGCUCUGUGCAGCCGUUCUCUGAAGUUGUGGCAGUGCUGACGGCUGGAGGCUGUGGGUUGACAGUAUACCACAGUUGGGGCAGGACGUCCCUCACUGACGGAUCUGGGUGUCACCUCCGUAUCUACCACAGGGGACACUGAUGACUAGAGGCAAGGAGAUGGGAAAAGUGACUUUCUUGAGGCGGCAGGGACCCUCUGGACCAAGCAGGCUGCAGUGCUGAAGAGGGAUUGGGAAUCGACGCACAAACUUGAUUCUUCAGGACACAAGCCACCAAACCAGCCUGGGCGUCAAGCUUCGUUUAUCUGUAAGACAAGAGCAAUCACCCCUCUUUUGUGAUCUGUAGAGGGCUCCUCCUAGACGGUAGCGUUUACUGGGAGGACCCGCUGCCUAGAGCCCCAGAGUCGCGGCGCGGGUGCAACUGAGACCCGUGCGCCCGCGGUCCCACCGGCGCAGAUGGAGCUCGGCGCUGCGGAGCAGCUCCUUGCUCUCGGCGGAGCCCCCAGCCACUCUCACAAGGAGUUUCUGGUUCCCGCUUCGGCUUGGCCCGCGGCCGCCGCCAGCAGCUCCGGGCGCGCGGCCCGGCGCCCUCCCGGUGCGGAGGAGACCGGGUUCCGCGGCUUAGACCAGCGGAAACUGGGCCGCAGGGGUUUGGGGUGCUCCUGGAGCGGAGGGGAAACGCCCCUUCCCGGUGUGCCGUGGAGAAGAGCUGGCGCUCUGCGCGGGUCUCCGCUCCCGCCACCUGACAGCGGCCAGAGCGCCCCCUUGCGGGCGGGCAUUGGAGCCGCCGCCACGACCGUCCCCCGCAGAGGCCUCCACCAGGGCGGGGCGAGCUUGCAGCUGCGAGCCUCCCCGAGGGGCCGCCUCGCGAGGGGGAGAGGGGACGCGGGGGAGGAGGAAGGAACGGGUUCCGGUGACAGGAACUGGGGCACCGCGCCUCCGGCUCAAGCCGCCCCAGGAAAUGCAUGUUUGAUGGCCCCGCAGGGUGUCACGGUGGGGCGCGGGCCAGGGAGACUGUGGGUGACCAGGCGGAGCUGCCAGGGGACUCGGUCAGCUGCGGCGCCUCCCCUCCCGAGCCCAGAAUCAGAGGAACAUCAGGUAGACAGUAUCGCGGGGAUCUUUUGGCUCAAGUCCCCGAUUUUACCGAUGGGGAGUUUUAGGGCCAGAAAGUGACCCGACUGGGAUCACACACGAGUGGCUGGCAGCAGGUCCGCCGAAAAGAGGAAAAGGAGCGGCCUCCUGAGGGCGGCCCUGUCCCUUUCUGAAGGAGAGGGGCUGCUACCAGAUUAGCAUCCUCAGAGGCCCCGGGUGAGCCAUACCCCGUUGGUCAUCCCAAACCAACCAACCAGAAUAAAACAAGCCUUACAGGUGCGCUGAGAACGUAUUAUUUCCUUUAUAUAUUUGCCAAGGGCAAAAAUUUUGAAUAAUUCCAUUAACGGUAAACGUUUUCUCCAGGUUUGGGCGACAGCGCUUUGCUGAUGGCCAGGUUCAGAGUCGGUGGAACCCAGCACUUCUAAGCAAAGGUUCAGGGCAGAGGCUCAAACUGGAUUCAACGUCACCUGCGUCCAGGGUUGAGUCUUGAGCUCUGCAUGUGCAGAUGGGACGAUCAGAGAGAGAUGGCCUUUGUCAAGGGUAGAACCAGAAACGGCAGCCGUGCAGGGGGAUUUGGGGACGCAGUCUGAGCACAGUGGGCGGAAAGGGCCACAGCGUCAGGUCGCAGCCCUGGCCCUGCUCCUCCGCCGCCGCUGCACAGUUGCCCAGGCCCCAGAUGACCCGCUGACCUCGGCGACAGAAAUCCCUCGGCGCUGCGCGCGCCGAGAACUGCCUCAAAUGUUGUCGCCGGCGGAACAGAAUGUGCGCGGGGUGGGGGCGCGC